AUGUAUUUAAAAAAACCACUGUUGACCGAGCCAAAUCUCUACGAUUGUGUUUCUUCACCAGGCCAUACACGUUAUUCCACCGCUGGAUCUUCUAACAUCAUCAAUUGUCAACCUUUUGUGGUUGACACAUUACACGGAAAGAUUGGUGUGGCGCACAACGGAGAAUUGGUUAAUGCCAAGUCUCUCAGACAGAAGUUGCUUAGGCAUGGAGUGGGUCUUUCUACCAGCACGGACAGUGAACUAAUAACACAAGUUCUUACACACACACCACAGGAAGGAGAACCAAAUGGAUGUAACUGGAUCAUAAGGAUAAAGAAUCUCAUGAAUAUCACCAGCAUAUCGUAUUCUCUGCUAAUUAUGCAUAAGUCAAAGAUCUAUGCUGUUCGAGAUCCUUUUGGGAACCGUCCACUUUGUAUUGGUCAGCUGCAAUCAAUCAACACCACAGAUGAAGUUUAUAAACAGAUCGAUGGUUGGCUGGUUUCUUCAGAAUCCUGUUCAUUCCAAGCUGUUGGUGCCAAAUAUAUCCGAGAAGUUUUACCAGGUGAAAUAGUUGAGAUUAGUCAAGCUGGAGUCAAGUCCCUCUGUCAAGUUCCUUGCCCUGGCAACAAACAGUCUGCUUUCUGCAUAUUUGAAUAUGUAUAUUUUGCACGGCCAGACAGUAUUAUGGAAGGUCAAAUGGUGUAUUCUGUGAGGAAAAGAUGUGGUCAACAACUGGCCAUAGAAUUCCCUGUUAAUGUAGACCUGGUCAGCACCGUCCCUGAAUCAGCAACACCUGCUGCCAUGGCUUAUGCUGAGAUGCUUGGUAUUCCAUACGGUGAAGUAUUGUGUAAAAAUCGCUAUGUUGGUCGAACAUUCAUCCAGCCAAGCUUGAGGCUUCGGCAGCUCGGUGUCGCUAAGAAAUUCGGUGCAUUGACCGAGAACUUCAAAGGCAAACGAAUUGUCCUUAUUGAUGAUUCUAUUGUACGGGGAACAACAAUGGCACCUAUCAUUAAACUAUUGAAGACCUCAGGAGCUACAGAAGUCCACAUAAGGGUGGCUUCUCCACCCGUUAAAUACCCAUGUUAUAUGGGUAUCAAUAUUCCAACCAAGGAAGAGUUGAUUGCUAACCAAUUUAAUUCUUCGCAACUGGCAGAACAUUUAGGUGCUGACAGUUUAGAAUAUCUCUCUGUUGACGGGCUCCACUUAGCUGUGAAGAAAGGUGCUAAACAUAUGGAAGAUGAUGGUAAAAAUGGGUAUUGUGAUGCUUGCUUAACAGGAAAUUAUCCUACUGAAUUAGAUUGGUAAAAAGAAGACACUCGGGGGGGGGGGGGAGCUGUUAAUAUUUUCAGCUCAUUCCUCCUCACUCUCUCUCGGAUGUUGCAUUUAAAGAAUUCAUAGAUUUUCGAUUAAACGUCUGAGAUGAGUGUUUGUUGAUGAGAUUAAAAUUGUCUGAUCCAAUUAACUUCAUCAUUAGAGUGAACAUUUACGAUAUUGUGUGUGUGUGUGGUUUAUUGAAACGGAAGUUUCUCAUCAUUGUGGUAUCAGGUGAGAAUGCAUAGAUGCAUGUGUGUAUGUAUAUAUAUAUGGUCUUUGCCUCCAUCCAUUUGAUUUUGACAAGUCGCCUAUGCAACUAAGCACUUUAUACAUGCGAAACCAGUGGUCUCUCUCUGUCUUCCUGACUAGCCAUACCAAACAACCAUCUAAAUAUACAUGUGUGCACAUGCGCAUGCACACAAUCUCUCACGAACUUGCAGUCUCUGAUUGAAACCAGAUGUCUAAUUCCUCGAUAUAUCUGUGGUUCCAGACUGGAUUUGAAAUCAACGUUAUUACUUCCCUUCUUUUAGGUUCCAUGUCUAUUUCCCAAGGUAUCUUGUCAUAUGUGGCAGUGAUUCUUCUGGCUAAACAGAUUACUGCCCUAUGUUUAACAUUAAAGGUCCCAUCUACAAAUCAUUCCUGCGACCAUAUAUAUACACACACACACACAUACACACACACACACACACACACACACACACAUAUAUAUGUAUGAGAGAGAGAGAGAGAAGUAAAUAUACACUGUAAAGAUGAAUUUAACAAUCUGUAAUAUUAGUCUUUUUUUCUGUUUUUAUUGGCUGGUAUAAUUUAUAUUUUAUAUUUUAUCCAGUAUUGUUUUGUAUAUUUUUUUUAAAGAAUUUAGCAGCC